AUGCGGCCGCCGCUGCAGCCGGUGUUCCGCGGCCGCCGCCACCGGCGCGUGCACAAGCUGAAGACAGCGUACGUGGACGGCGUUCUGAGCCAGGUGAUCCUGGCGCGCGCGCCGUUCGUGGCGCGCGCCGACCACACGUUGCUGGCGGUCGACUUCUGCCAGAUGGAGCUGCGCCUACUGGCACACCUGGCCGGCGACGUGCGGCUGAUAGCGGCCAUCCGGGACGCGCCCGGUGGCGACAUCUUCCGCCAGCUGGCGGCGCUCUGGCGCGAGCGCACCAAGCGCGUGGUGUACGCGGCGAUGUACGGCGCGGGCCGUGCGCGGCUGGCCGAGGUGCUCAGCUGCGUACCGGAGCAAGCGCAGCAUGUGCUGGACAGCUUCCUGGCGCGCUGUCCGGCCAUCGCCGGCUUCAGUCGGGGUGUGGUGGCCGACUGCCGGAGGGAUGGGUUCGUCGCCUCGCUGCUCGGCCGCCGCCGCUGGAUGGCCGGUAUCGCCUCGACGCAGCCGCAGGCCGAGCGGCAGGCGGUCAACUUCCGCGUGCAGGGCUCGGCGGCCGACGUCUGCAAGCUGGUGAUGCUCGCCGUUAGCCGGGCGGCGCCCGACGUGCCGCUGCUGGCCCAGCUGCACGACGAGCUGCUCUGGGAGGUGCCGCGCCACCGGCUGGACGCCUUCCGCGCGCUGGUCGGCCGCGAGCUGGGCCGGUUGGAGACGCUGUUGACCGCCGCCGGCCGGCCCGGCCCGCUGCUGGUGCCUCUGCCCGUCGCCGUCACGACCGGCCAGUGCUGGGCAGACAUGCAGCCGCUGCUUGAGGAGGGCGGCCGGCCCGUCACCGAGGGCGACGGGGCGGCGGUGUGA